CCCAAACAAGACAACGCGUUUCUUGCCAUUAUUACAGUCAAAAGCUUUGCAUUGAACAAACAGCCCAGCCAAGCAACUCCAAGUCUAAAGUCCAACCGCUGACUAACUCCCCUCUCAAAAAACCUUCAAAAAAUCCAGAUUCCCAAAUGAAGAAGCUGCAGCAGCACUAUUAGGUGGAAGCAAUUGAUUCAGAUUUGGGUUCCUGAUUGAUUCAUUGAUGGAGAACUUGAUUACUACUCUCUGCAACUCAAUCCAAGCUCUGGGCAGAGGAUUCGAUGUCACCUCCGAUAUCAGGCUCUUGUACUGCAAGGGCGCUCCUGGGUCUCGCCUGCUUCAUCUCGAUGAACAACGCACCAAAACUCUCCAUCUUUUUUCUGGGGUUGUGAUCCCUAAUGUCUCCUCUGAUAUUGAGUGCUCCACUGGGAACAGAACCACUGAGGCCACUCCUGUUUAUAGCUUCCAUGAGAUGGCUAAAUACUUCAAUGACAUGUCUAAUAUACCUGGUCAGAUUCCGCUAGGAAGCUUUAAUGCGAUGUUUAACUUUACUGGGUGUUGGAAACUCGAUGCUGCAGCUACCAAGUCUCUUGCCAUGAUUGGAUACAUCAUUCCGCUCUUCACUGUCAAACUAGCAGAUUCGGAGUCUUUAGUUUUGCGUGAUGAAAUCAAACGUGCUGUUCCCUAUUCUUGGGAUCCGGCGUCCUUGGCAAGUUUUAUUGAAAAUUUUGGAACCCAUAUUGUCACCUCUGCAACAAUCGGUGGAAGGGAUGUGGUUUAUAUUAAACAGCAUCAGUCGUCUCCUCUGUUAGUGUCUGACAUUGAGAACUAUGUGAAGGACAUAGGAGAUCAGAGAUUCUCGGAUUCAAAAAGCCUCCCAGGUUCUGGUCCCUUGAAAUACAAGGAUAAGGAUGUUACGGUUAUUUUCCGAAGAAGAGGAGGCGAUGAUCUCGAGCAGAGUCAUGACAAGUGGGCAAAGACGGUAGAAACAACACCAGAUGUAAUCAAUAUGACGUUUACGCCCAUUGUUUCGUUGCUGGAAGAGGUUCCCGGGAUAAAGUACCUGACUCGUGCAAUUGAGUUAUACUUGGAAUACAAGCCACCGAUAGAGGACUUGCAGUAUUUCUUAGACUUCCAAAUUUCUCGAGUAUGGGCCCCAGAGCAGAAUAACCUCCAACGAAAGGAGCCUGUCUGCCCAACUCUUCAGUUCAGCUUGAUGGGUCCGAAACUUCAUAUAAGUCCAGAUCAGGUAACAGUUGGGCGAAAGCCAGUCACGGGGCUGAGACUCAGCCUAGAAGGCUGCAAGCAGAACCGUCUCGCUAUCCAUUUGCAGCAUCUCGUUUCUCUUCCUAAAAUUCUUCAACCUCACUGGGAUUCCCACAUGGCGAUAGGCGCACCCAAGUGGCAAGGUCCCGAAGAGCAAGACAGUCGAUGGUUUGAACCGAUAAAGUGGAAGAAUUUCUCCCACGUAAGCACUGCGCCAAUAGAGCACACGGAAACAUCCAUCGGGGACCUCUCGGGUGUUCACAUUGUGACCGGGGCUCAGCUCGGUGUUUGGGAUUUCGGUGCUAAGAGCGUGUUGCACCUGAAGCUCCUCUUCUCCAAGGUCCCGGGGUGUACAAUAAGGCGAUCCGUGUGGGAUCACAAUCCCGCUAAUAACCCUUGUGCCACACAGAGACCCCAUGGCUCUUCCACAUCAUCCACUUCAAACGAGAAAUCUGCAGACAAGAAAGGCGAGAGCUCCAGCCAAAUGGGGAAAUUGGCGAAGAUCGUGGACAUGACAGAGAUGUCGAGGGGCCCACAGGACACACCGGGGCAUUGGUUGGUGACGGGCGCUAAGCUUGGGGUCGACAAAGGUAAAAUCGUGCUACGCUUGAAGUACUCGAUGUUGAAUUACUGAUUGAUAGAUGGAUCAUUGGGCCUUCAGAGAAGAGAUUGAAAUGGUGGAAUUCUUUACACAGACAAACCUUCAUUUUAUAUAUUCUUCUGUAAAUUCAGUUAGUUUUAGGCAUUCAUUUUGUUCGACUGUUUUGAGGUAGGCAGUUAUUCCGUUAGUUCUUCACUUGGUAUAUAUUAUGCCAUUUUUUCUGAGGAGCUUCUUCAUAGUACGAGUAACAUAUUUGCUUCAAAUACUCGGUUGUUGUUUCAUUAAUCCUACCACAUCUUCUAAUUUUCUUUGUUU